GACGUCUCUGGGCCUCGGGGCCCCCCCUCUCCAGUGCUAGAUUUCCAGCCUCUUGGGCGCCUGCCGCCAUGGCUUUUUCAUCGCGGUUUGCCUUUUGGGAGCAAAAGGUUAAGGAUGAAGACAAAAGUUUAGCUGUGAAAAAAAAUGGGAACGAGGACGGUCCCCCCGGCUCCCCGGUCGCCGAGAAGGAAGCCCCCAGCCUCCGCCUCCAGAGCCCGGAGCCCCCCACGCAUCCACGGGGCAAGGGGAAGAGCCCGGAGCCCCUGAUCAAUGGGGAGGCCCAGCCACCUUCCAGCCCAGCGGUGAACGGCCUGGAGGGGCCCCACGCCGAGGCUCAGCCCGGGGCCCCGGCCGAGGACCCCCGCGGCCUCUCCCGCACCAAAGUGGCCAAGGCCAUGCGCCACCUGGUGCACAAAGUGCUGCCUGGGGAGGAGGCUGAUGCCCUCAAGGAGCCUCCCAAGCGCCCCAAGGGCCCCGAGCCCAGGAAGAAGCCAGACAAGGCCGGCCCCAGGGUCCUCUCCCCGCCUCCCCGGAUGCUGUCCCCCCCUCCUCGGCCGUCCCCCUCCCCGAAGCCCCCUCCCAAGGAGGCCCCCCCGAAGGACGACCUCUCCGCGGGCCUGAAAAGCCUGAUGUCGCGAGCCAAGACCCGGGAACACCGGCCCCACUCCAGGCAGCGCGGGAGGAAAGAGGGGACGCCCCCACCCGAGAAGACGGAGAAGCCCCCUCCCCUGCCGGAAGGGACGUCCUCCGAAGCCCAAAGCCCCCCGGAGGACGAGCGACCCUCCGAAGGCUCGGCCAAGCGGUCCAGCCAGGAUGCCAGUCCCGCCAGCCAGGAGGCGUCCCCGCCAGCCAAGCCGGAAGAGACGCCGCCACCUUCCCUGACCGCCGGAGGAGGGCCUAAGGAGGUGUGUGUUGUGGUGCAAAGUGUGGCUUUUUGAAGGCUUUUUGUGGGUCUUUGGUGCGCAUCAACCUCGCAGGGGAGUUUAAGGGGGUUGGCAUGAGGUGCGGGGAGACUGAGAUCCAGAAAAACGGACUUUAGGGUUGUGGUGUGUGGUGGGAAUGUGGCUGUCGCACAAACUC